AUGAGGUCCAUCAUUAACCUCGCCAUUGCGGCAUCCCUCGCCGCCGGUGUUGUUGCUCAACCCCACAACCACCGUCACCGCCACGUCAAGAAGGACACCGCUCUCGACCAGCGCGACGUCGUCGUCGUGUACGAGUCCGGCCCGACCGUGGUCGCCUACGAACUGGGAGGAAAGCCUAUCAGUGAAGAGGAAGCCAAGAAGGGUAUCGCCGAUGGCCUGUUCGUUGUCGUUGGCGAGACCACUCCCUCUUCGACCCCUCUGCCGUCGGCCUCGACCUCCAAGGCCCCCGUGGCUUCCACUUCUAAGGACGCCCAGUUCUUCGAGGCCAAGGUUGUUAAGUCUUCCACCUCGUCCACCCCGACGCCAACCCCGACCCCGACUCCUACCCCCACCCCGACCCCGACGCCUUCAUCCACCUCUACCCAGGCGCCCGCUUCCACCAAGGCCUCGAGCGGAGGCUCCAGCAGCUCCGGAGGCAAGGGUCUGUCCGCCGAGUUCCCCAGCGGCACCAUCCCCUGCUCCCAGUUCCCCUCCGACUACGGCGCCGUUCCCGUCGAGUAUCUCGGCACCAACGGCUGGACUGGUAUCCAGAGAACCCCCAACUACAGUGUCGGUGACGCCGCCAUCUCUUUCAUCGAGACUGCUGUUGCCUCUGAUGGCGGCUGCUCCAAGAACUCCUUCUGCUCCUACUCCUGCCCCGUUGGCUACCAGAAGACUCAAUGGCCUACCGCUCAGGGCUCGACCAAGCAGUCUAUCGGUGGACUUUACUGCAACGCCGAUGGCUACCUCGAGCUCUCCCGCCCUACCAAGAAGACCCUCUGCGAACAGGGAGCCGGCGGCGUCUUUAUCCAGAACGACCUCGAUGACAUCUCCUGCGUCUGCCGUACCGACUACCCCGGUACCGAGUCCAUGGUCAUCGCCACUGUUCCCCAGCCUGGUCAACAAUUGGCUCUCACCAACCCCGCCUCUGCCGACUACUACGUCUGGAACGACAGCCCCACCACCGCCCAGUACUACGUCAACAAGCUCGGCUACGGCGUCGAGGAUGCCUGCGUCUGGAAGAGCUCCAAGGACCCUCUUGGAGCUGGUAACUGGGCUCCUGUCAACAUUGGUGUUGGCAAGAGCACCGACGGCAACACUUACAUCUCCAUCUUCAACAACGCACCAACAUCGACCGCCCAGCUCGAUUUCAACAUUGAAAUCACCGGUGCUAACAGCAAGUGUGCGCUUGUUGGCGGCUCUUACACCGGAGGUGGCACUGGCUGUACUACGGCCAUUUCCGGCAGCGCAAAGGCCAUCAUCAGAUUCUACAAGUGA